GGCGAGCACGCGGGCGCCGGGCAGCCGCCGGCCGCGCCGCCUCCAUAAACACUUGUUUAGGACUCGUUCGCCCCGCUGAGGCCUCCAGUGCCCCCGCCAUGGAGGCCGCGCCAGACCCCGAGCCCCACGCCGCGGCCUUGGCCUCGGCCGCGGCCCCGCUGCGCGCCCCGGAGGUGGCGCGGCUCCGCGAGGAGCAGGAAAAGGUGGUCACUAACUGCCAGGAGAAAAUCCAGCAUUGGAUGAAGGUAGAUAAUGACUAUAAUGCCCUUCAAGAAAGACUCAGUACCCUGCCUGAUAAGUUGUCUUAUAAUAUCAUGGUACCAUUUGGCCCCUUUGCCUUCAUGCCAGGAAAACUUGUCCAUACUAAUGAAGUCACUGUUUUACUUGGGGACAACUGGUUUGCAAAGUGCUCAGCAAAGCAGGCUGUAGGUUUAGUUGAGCACCGGAAAGAACAUGUAAGAAAAACAAUAGAUGAUUUAAAAAAAGUGAUGAAAAAUUUUGAAUCCAGAAUUGAAUUCACUGAAGAUUUGCAGAAAAUGAGUGAUGCUGCAGGUGAUAUUGUUGAUAUAAGAGAAGAAAUUAAAAGUGACUUUGAAUUUAAAGGGAAGCAUCGAAUUGCUCAUAAGCCCCAUUCCAAACCAAAAACUUCAGGUAUUUUUGAAGCGGAUUUUGCAAAUGAUGUAAAAUCCAAGGACUUGCUGGCUGAUAAGGAACUGUGGGCUCGACUUGAAGAACUAGAGAGACAAGAAGAAUUGCUGGGUGAACUUGAUAGUAAGCCUGAUCCUGUGAUUGCAGACGGAGAAGAUACAACGUCUUCUGAAGAGGAAAAAGAAGACCCAAAGACAGAUAUGAAUGUGAUGUGUCGAGUAACAGACUCUCUUGAUCCCAGCAGUUGCCAUACAGAUAGUACAAAUGCACAACUGUUUAAUGGUCAAGUGAAUAGUCAGUUGAACUGUUCACUGAAUGGUUCAGUUUCUUACCAGAACAAUGAAGAUGAUGAUGAGGAAGAGGAAAAUGGAGAUGAUGGUGACAAUGAAAAUGACCAUGAUACUUUAGGAGUUGGAGAUAAUUCCAUACCAACAAUAUAUUUUUCUCAUACUGUGGAACCUAAGAGGGUCCGAAUAAAUACUGGAAAAAAUACCACUUUAAAAUUUAGUGAAAAGAAAGAAGAAGCCAAACGUAAGCGAAAGAACAGCUCUGGCAGUGGUCAUUCCACCCAAGAACUGCCCACCAUCAGGACUCCUGCUGACAUUUACAGAGUCUUUGUUGAUAUUGUGAAUGGAGAAUAUGUCCCUCGUAAGUCAAUCCUGAAGUCUCGGAGCCGAGAGAACAGUGUGUGUAGUGAUACCAGCGAAAGCAGUGCUGCUGAAUUUGAUGACAGGCGAGGGGUUUUGAGAAGUCUUAGCUGUGACGAAGCCACUUGGAGUGAUGCUAGUGAGAGCAUUUUGGAAGAGGAACCACAGGAAAAUCAUCAAAAGAAACUUUUGCCCUUAUCAGGAACACUUGAGGCUUUUUCUGGAACUGUAAUAGAGAAAGAAUUUUUUUCAUCCUCCUUAACACCACACCAAGCCAUUGCUCAUCCUGUCCUGCCCACCAUUCCAGAACGAAAAGAAGUUCUGUCACAUGUACCAGAAGAAACUGUGAAGAGGGUUUCAAGGUUCAAAGCUGCCAGAUUGCAACAGAAAAACUAGGCCUUGCCUAGGAUAAUGGGAGUCUACAUCCUAAACCCUUGUGCAUUUUAGAGUAUAUAUAGCAAAAUAUGUCAAAUAUUUGAAAUAAGGCAUUCUGAAUUAAGUUGGCAGCAAGUUCUCUGAUCCUUAUCAGUGGUAUUAAAAAUAUCAAAGUAAAUGUUUGAGUCCUGUAAUAUUCAGCUUGUUUUUGCUAAUUCUCUGAAUACUGUCAACACUCUUGUCUAAGAUUGCCUUAUGAUGCAGUGGCAGCAUUUUGAAUUAUUUUUCAAAGAAUAUUGUUCAUAUGCAUUGUUUUUGUGUUUCCAACUAAAUACAGGCAGUUUUGUACCAGCUGCAAUGUUGUGCAUACCAUAUGGACCAUUUUAAAGAAAGUUUUAAAAUUUCAAAUAGAUUCAACAACUUCUAUUACUUGCUUUCAUAUUUUAAGAGCACUUUAAACAAAUCUAUUUCUCUUGUAAGUUGUGAGCUAGGUGGCUGUUUUAAAAUCUUUUCUUUGAGUGUCAUACUGUAAUCUUUAAGGCAGAAAGCCACAUGUGCCCUAUGGGGAAGUCUCUGAUUGGAAGAAUGUUAUUUUGUUAAAAAUGUUUUUCAAGUAAAAGUUUUAUGAAACCCGGUCUCUAAAUCUUGUGAACUUUGUGAUUUAGAACUUAGUAUAGAAAUGUGUCGAUUAACAUAUAUGCUCUGUGUACCACAUCAUAGGUCCUUGGAUUCUUGCCAUUCCAUAGGCAGUUCUUUACCAGAGAGUGCAUUGUUCAUUGGGAUUAUCUUUUGAGAAGGAAAGGUUGUCCAGAUGCUUAAAAAAAAGAUUUAAAAUAAAAAUUCAUGUUUUAGCUUUCCCAACAAGUUACAUUCUUUAAGGCUACUUCCUAAUAGUAAAUAACUGAAAUAACAUAUUUGCUUUUAGCAAAACCCCUUAAAAUAAAGAGAAAUUUAUGCUAACAUUGAAAAUUACACUGCAAGUGUUAAUCAUUAGCUUGAUGCAUGCUGAAAUGUAGCCUUUUUAAAAAGCAUUCUGCGUUAGUCCUAAAAUAAGCCAUCAGUGCCAGUCCACCCUCUAUUCAUGGCUAAAUAUUUAAAGGUUAUUUAUAGCUUCUUUAAUGAAUUCUUGCUUAAACAAAGUGAAAUUAUGUCCUAGAAAAGUAGAAGCUAUUUGUAACUAGAACAGCACAACUGUAAAAGUUUUAUGAAUAUGUAUUUUAAUGAUAAAGGGGUAAACUUGAGUCCCCACUAGUUAAUGGAAAAAUCAGAACAGAGGACUGAUUCUGAAAGAUAACCUAAAAGUAUGGAUUAGUUCUUUCAUAGAUUUUGAUCUACUGUGUAUGUAGUUAAAAACUGUUUUUCUUUCACUUCAUUCUACACUGCCUCAACCAACCCAAACCACACCAAAAGUAAAAUCACACACAGAGGAGCCUCGGCUGCUGUUCAGGUGAGCCUUUCUGUGCUAGGUGUCUUACCCAAAAACAGACUUUAUUAUAGGACUCUUGUGUUUUU